AGGUUGCAAGUUCUCCCUCUGCAAACCAGGAUAGAUGUCGUUGAUGUUGGCACCUUCUUUUUCAAAUUUGGAGUCAGGAUGUAGGACAAAGUUACUAAUUUAUUUCCCUCUAAGAAUUCAAGGAAACACAAACCACAAUUUGAAGUAACAUCAACUGUCCAAGGGCCGUCUGUCAAUCAAACAGCAGACAUCUCCUUGUGUCAUCCUACUGUGGCCACAUCAGCUGCUAAAAGAAGUAUUGGACAUUCCCUGGAUUUUUAAUGAACAUUUUCCUGCUUCUGUGGUGACUGUCCAGAGGAAUCUCCAUCAACAAAUCUUCUGAUCUCUGAGGGACUGGAUUCAAGUAGAACAUGUGCUAGGAGUUGAACAUUUCUGCUAAAUAACUAGACUUCUUCUCUAGAAAAUGAGCAAUGAAGAGGAGUUCUUCGACGCCGUCACAGGCCUGGAUUCUGACGAGUCGUACGAAGGGGUGUCAGAGGCCAGUUUCAAAGAUGCAAUGGUGUUUGACGGCAGUAGUCAGAAGAACAACGGAUCAGUGCCACAGGAGAACGGCAUCAAGAAGCACAGGACUUCAUUACCUACGCCCAUGUACUCCAGAAACACCAUCAGUGUCUGGAGUAUCCUGAAGAAAUGCAUCGGACUGGAGCUGUCCAAGAUCACGAUGCCCAUCGCCUUCAACGAACCUCUGAGCUUCCUGCAGAGAAUCACAGAAUACAUGGAACACACUUACCUCAUCAACAGAGCCUGCUCGCUGUCUGACUCCAUAGAGCGCAUGCAGGCAGUAGCUGCUUUUGCUGUGUCAGCAGUUGCAUCUCAGUGGGACAGAACUGGAAAACCCUUCAACCCUCUGCUGGGAGAGACCUAUGAACUUACCAGAGAGGAGCAGGGUUUCCGGCUUGUAUCGGAGCAGGUAUCCCAUCAUCCCCCAGUCAGUGCCUUCCAUGCAGAGAGCCUGGCGGGGGACUUUGUCUUCCACGGCUCCAUCUACCCCAAACUCAAGUUCUGGGGAAAGAAUGUUGAGGCUGAGCCGAAAGGGACCAUCACACUAGAGCUACUCAAACACAACGAGGCAUACACAUGGAGUAACCCUUUCUGCUGUGUACACAACGUGAUCCUGGGCAAACUAUGGAUAGAGCAGUAUGGCACUGUGGAAAUAGUCAACCACAGCACUGGAGACAAGUGUGUGUUAAAUUUCAAGCCUGGUGGGAUGUUUUACAAAGAGCUGCACAAAGUGGAGGGAUACAUCCAGGAUAAGAGUAAAAAGAAGCACUGUGUCAUCUAUGGGAAGUGGACUGAGUGUAUGUGGAGUGUGGACGCUCAAGCCUACGAGGCCCACAAGAAGUCAGAGAAGAAAGGGGACACCAAGAAGCAAAGAAAUGAGGAGCAGGAGGGUGCAGACAAUGAUGAUGCAGACGACAUGCCUGAAGUCCAGGAGACGGUGUCUGUCGUACCAGGAAGCACCCUGCUGUGGAGAAUAGACCCCAGACCAGCACAUUCUGCUGAGAUGUACAAUUUCACCAACUUUGCAAUGUCUCUCAAUGAGCUGGACCCUGGCAUGGAAGCCAUCUUGGCCCCAACAGACUGUCGCUUCAGGCCUGACAUAAGAGCCAUGGAGAAUGGCAACAUGGAUGAGGCCAGCCAGGAGAAGGAGAGAUUGGAGGAGAAACAGAGAACAUCAAGAAAAGAGAGAGCCAAGAAUGAGGAGGAGUGGUCUACAAGGUGGUUCCAGAUGGGCACCAACCCGUACACCGGCUCCCAGGGAUGGCUCUACACUGGUGGCUACUUCAAUAGGAACUACCAAGAUCUUCCCAACAUCUACUGAUAGCCGUUAGCAUUCCUCCUCCACAACCUGCAAUGAUCUGCCUGUAAAGAAAUGGAGAGAAACAGAGGUUUCAAAUAACCGUUUCCAUUCCACAUCCUUCAUCACCAUCAUCAUCAUCGUCUGUAAACCGACGGAUCAAGGGGACCUACAAAGGAGCCGACUGCCGGUCACUUUCUGUCAAUAGCGGUCUCAAAUAACGGUCUGCUUUGUGUCUUCUGCGUCUUCAGGUGUCUUUUUUUUUUUUUUUUUUUUCAGAAUUCAAAAGAUUUAAACCUUUUCCUUCUUCUCUUACGUGUUUUCUCAAGUAACGACCAGCAAACCUUUUCAAUCUUUUUGCUUCGGUGUCUCCAAAAGCACAAGAACAAUUUUAUCUUUGACACGACGGAGUGGUCAGGAAUUGUACAUUGAAGUUAUUGUAUAUGGGGGGAAAAAUAUGAACAAGAUCCAACCUGAAUGUGGAAUUCAAAAUCAAAAUCGUUGGAGGAACCUGCCAAGCUCCCGAAUGGCCACAGUCACAUCAUUAAAGAGUUGAUAUAAAUAAGAAAACACAAUUAAAGAAAACGUAAUAAUCACAGUGAUGGAGCUUUGGACAUGGAAGGAUACCUACUGAACGGGAAAUCAGGGAUGUAAAAGAUCCCCUCGAGGAUGGAACUUGAGGAUGCUUCGUUUCUUGUGGAAACAUUCAAACACUCGUUACAGGAAUAUAGAUGAAAUUGUAGAUUUUAAAGAGCAAACUUCUAAAUAAAUUCUAGCCAAAUUGGACAAGACAAAUCUAAUAAAAACAUAAGCUUAUUGGUCUUCAUGGGUCAUAUCCCUAAUAAUGACCUUCUGCUUGAGGUGUAUGCAUCCAAAUAAAUCAAAAGAGCUACUAGGGAAUGGAUGUUUCCUCUAUGAAGAGAAGAAUGUGCAGCCUUUGUGGGGUCAUCUAAGAAACCACAUGGAAACUUAAGAAUGAAUAGGGCACAGGUUCAGUGACAUGUCUGAGCAGUGAUCAGAAUUGUGACUUUCCAAACACUCGACCUUUAGCUACUGUAUGCCUGUAAGAAUAGUUUUUAGUAUUACUCCCAGUAAAAAUGUACAGAAUCAUUAACGCUAUAGUUUAAGACCACAAAGCUAAAGGUUUCUAUGCAGCUUGGAUAAAGCAGCUUGUCUAACCGUGCUGCCUGCUACUCAUACGUCAUAGCUGAUGUUUACUCACAUGGCUUCAUAUUUCACAUCUUCCCAGUGGUACAUCUUCUGAGGAAGUUGUCUCAUGUCCAAGACUUUAGAGAUAUAUUUCUGUUUUCUCCUCCAAAGGCAGGUCAGAAGUCUGGCUGAAGCUGCUCAUGCUGGUUCAGUCUCCUGCUCAAAGGUACUUAACGAGAAACCUAUCUGAGUUUAGAGCAGGAAUCUGGUGGAUCUAAAAAAAAAAAAAAGAAGACCAAAUCGAAAGGUUUGUGUCUGCAUGUGCAUGAACAUCUGCACUUGGAAGUCUAAAUUCACCCCCACAGAGUUAAACUCGAAAUGACUGUAUCAACGGAUUUUAAAAUGUAUAUUUAAUACCCACUUCACACACAAGCACAACCUUUGUGACACCGAGUGUGGAUAAAAGAACACGCAAGUUAAUGAAAGUAAUACAUGCACAUUUAUCAUGUGAUUGAAUGUCUAAAUAUGUACAGACACUUAAAGCCAUAUUAACUACAAGAGAGUGAACAGUUGUUGUGUGAAUGAUGUGAAUCUAACAAUGGCACUCUUCAACUCUUUAACAUUUAUUAAUCUCACAAUCUUCGCUUGAAUGAAAAAGAAAACGUUAUUCAUGUCGGUGUAGUAUAAUGUGACAUGUUGAGGAUUAGCUUUUUCUGCUGCCCAGAUGGAUUUGAUGUUAGGAAUGGUUGGGUUAAUAAACACACAUCCAGAGGGCCACAAACAACAGGUCACCCUAAGGAAUACAAGCUCACUGGGAGAGAGAAAGAAGCAACAUGACUCAAA